UGAGAGUCAUUGGUCUGUUGAUGCCCCACCGGCUCUGCUUUCCUCUGCCUGAUUGUAUCUGCUGGAUCUUACUGUACAGCGGUGCCCUGAACGCACCACAGGGAGGAGUGACCAUAUUUAUACAUCUGUGGCAGUGACAAUAUUAACAGACAUAAAGGGAGAGCACACAAACGCAUCAUACUGAAAGAUGUCUGCGACCCCGCAGCCCGCAAAGAUGAAAAAGGACGAGUCUUUCCUGGGGAAAUUAGGAGGAACCCUGGGGCGGAAGAAAAAGUCUAAGGAAGUGAGUGAUCUCCAUGAGGAGGGGAAGAAUGCCAUCAACACUCCCAUGCUUCCCACGGGGACAGAAAUCUAUCCGGAGGACACACUGAUGGAGGAAAACGCAGAGAGGAUCAUGUUGGACCCAACAUCGCGGGAAAAUCUUAAAUUUAAAGAUCUUCUGAAGGUCCUGAUAGACUGGAUCAACAGUGAGUUGGAGGAAGACCGGAUCAUAGUCAAAGACCUGGAGGAGGACUGUUAUGAUGGACAAGUUCUCCAGAAGUUAUCUGAAAAGUUGUCGGGCAGGAAGCUGAAUGUGGCCGAGGUGACUCAGUCCGAGAUCGGCCAAAAGCAGAAGCUGCACACGGUUUUGGAAUCCGUCAACGAAAUGCUGCGGCCUCAUGGCUGGACCAUUGAGUGGAGCGUGGACUCUAUCCAUUCAAAGAACCUGGUGGCGAUCGUCUACCUGCUGGUGGCUCUGGCGAUGCACUUCCAGGCUCCCAUCAGACUGCCGGAGCAUGUUUCUGCGCAGGUGGUGGUCGUCAAGGUAAAGUGGCUCAAAGAGCUCACACAGGGUUCACAUUCAUUAUCAUUAUGUGCAGUGACGUAG